AUCGCUACGGCGUAGACGCGCUACGAACCACCCGCGUAAACUUUGAACGAGCUUUAAGUGUUUUCUGAACCCACAUCCCAUCAUGAGUUACUCCCGAACCGUGGCGUUAUUGGCAGCAUUGUGGCUGGUUGCUGGAGCCACUUCCACACCGGUCAGAAGAUCUCCAGACCUCGAAGCCAGACGUAGAAGUGCCAUCGAUCGGAGUAUGAUAAGAUUCGGCCGCUCAUAUCCUCCAGAACCUUCAGCAGCAGACCUUAGAGAAGCAUUCCAACGCCCCACUCGGAGAGGUAACAGUUUUCUGCGAUUCGGACGCUCCCAACCUCUCACGCUCUCCACCGAAGACCUGGUGACCCUCCUACGAGCCUACGACGAAGACUAUGACGUCCCUAUGACCAAGAAAUCAGCCAGCUUCGUCCGUUUCGGUAGGGACCCCAACUUCAUCAGGCUAGGACGUUCAGCUGAAGAUGAUAAGACUUAUGAGCAGAAUUCUGAGCUGAUGGUUAGCGGAUACCCUCAGAGGAAAAGCCGAGCGAGGGACCAUUUCAUUAGGCUGGGCAGGGAUAGCGAAGAAGUGAAUGAAAAUGAAUUUGAGGAGUCCGAAGACAGCAGAAGGAAGAGGUCUUUGGAAGCGUGUCAUGAUUGCCAGUUGUAAUUUCUUUGUUACGUGUACAUUACUGUGUUAGCCGCUGCAUGGGAAUUUUAUUGUGAAUCCAACA